GGAGUGAGUGACAGAGAGGGCGCACGGUAACUUCAGCCUCGCCAUGAAAUCAGUGUUUUUCAGCCGUUUCUUCAUUCUGCUGCCCUGGGUCCUUAUUGUCAUCAUCAUGAUCGAUAUCGACAGUAAGAGGACGAUCCGGGCUCCAGCCGCCGGGCGGACCGGCAGAGCGCAGCGGGCGGCCCGGACCGGCGCACCGGGGGUCAGCGUCACCCAGAAUCAAUCUGCCCUGCCGGUUAUCUACGCCAUCACUCCGACUUACACUCGUCCGGUGCAGAAAGCGGAGCUGACCCGGCUGGCCCACGCCUUCCGCCAGGUGCCCCGGUUCCACUGGAUCGUAGUGGAGGACUCUACAGCGCGCACGGAGCUGGUGGCGCGCUUCCUGGCCCGGUGCGGCGUGCCGUAUACGCACCUGCAUGUGUUCACACCCCGCAGGUUCAAGCGCGCUGGCAUGCCACGCGCCACCGAACAGAGGAAUGUGGCUCUCGCGUGGCUCCGGCAGCACCGGAGCAGGAGGGACCCCGGGGUGGUUUUUUUCGCUGACGACGACAACACGUACAGCCUGGAGCUGUUUGAAGAGAUGCGCAGCACCCGAGGUGUGUCUGUUUGGCCAGUGGGAUUUGUGGGUGGCAGAGCUUAUGAGCGCCCCCUGGUGUCUGGGGGUAAAGUUGUGGGCUGGUACACCGGCUGGAGACCGGACAGACCAUUCGCCACCGACAUGGCAGGCUUUGCGGUGAACCUCCAGGUGAUUCUGGCGAACCCGAGGGCGAUGUUCAAGCGGCGCGGCUCCCAGCCCGGGAUGCAGGAGUCCGACUUCCUCAAGCAAAUCACCAAGGUCACCGAGCUGGAGCCCAAGGCCAACAACUGCACUCGGGUGUUGGUUUGGCACACUCGCACAGAGAAACCGCACCUCGCAAAUGAGCCCAAACAUCGAAAGGACACUGUGGUCAUUGAGGUGUAAGGGGGAAGAGCUGAGCCGAGGCUCCGAAAGCAGAAGCUGAUUGUGGCUGCCCAUUAUCUCUUGGCUGGGGCUAAAGACAGCACCCUGCUUUCGCUCCUUAUCGGGUUAAUACAAUCUGUUCGCGACGGACACAGACUCCGAGGAGCUGCAUGAUUCAAGACUUCUGGCUGUCUGUCAAACGUGCUUUGUGAGAAC